AGAAAAUGCAUUUUUUACAAGUGGUCACAACAAUCAGGUUAUUUCAUUGUGUUAUGACGUGUAAUUUGCUUUUUGUUUUGUGCGAGUUUACAAUAAAAGUAAAACCAAAAUCAUUUUUAAUUUAAUCAUCAUUUGAAUUAAAUCAGUGUUAUUGGGUGUAGGGUGUACACUUUAUUCUGCAUUGAUGUGAUCUUUGUGCGGACACGGUGGACGAAUACCAAGAUAACAAAGUUCCGGCUUACAUUUCAUAGUAUUUUUUAAUCAUUUUUGUGGCAAAAUGUGUGGCUCUGAUAAGAAACUUGGAGAAAUAAGAGCUCUUAUAUUAGUAGGAGGCUAUGGGACUCGGUUAAGACCUUUGACAUUGAGCAGACCAAAGCCUCUUGUUGAGUUUGCCAAUAAACCAAUUCUCCUACAUCAAAUCGAAGCUUUAGUGGAAGCAGGAGUCACUCAGGUGAUAUUGGCUGUAUCAUAUAGAGCAGAAGAUAUGGAAAAAGAGUUGACAGAACAAGUUUCUAAACUAGGCGUUUCUCUCACAUUCUCUCAUGAAAAUGAACCAUUGGGCACUGCUGGACCCCUUGCAUUAGCCCGGGAACUACUAAGUGCAAGCCCUGAGCCUUUCUUUGUAUUGAACUCUGAUGUCAUAUGCGACUUCCCAUUCAAAGAACUUGCCAAGUUUCACAGAAGCCAUGGAAAGGAAGGCACCAUAGUAGUUACAAAAGUGGAAGAGCCAUCAAAGUAUGGAGUUGUUGUUUAUAAAGAAGAUGGCCAGAUUGAAAGUUUUGUUGAAAAACCACAAGAAUUUAUUUCAAAUAAGAUUAACGCUGGAAUGUACAUUUUAAACCCCUCGGUAUUGAGUAGAAUAGAAUUGAGACCAAUGUCUAUUGAAAAGGAAGUGUUCCCGUUCAUGGCAACUGAUGGGCAGCUGUUUGCUAUGGAACUGCAAGGCUUUUGGAUGGAUGUAGGACAACCCAAAGACUUUUUAACAGGAAUGUGCCUGUAUCUUACCAGCUUGCGGCAGAAGAACUCGAAUAAGUUGUAUGACGGCACGGGUGUGGUUGGAAACGUUCUCAUAGACCCGACAGCCACCAUUGGGAAGGGGUGCAGGAUAGGACCCAAUGUCACCAUUGGACCAGACGUCGUUAUUGAAGAUGGCGCUUGCAUUAAACGCAGCACGAUACUUCGUGGUGCAUGCGUCCGUCAACACGCCUGGCUUGAUGGCUGUAUCGUUGGCUGGCGUUCAGUCGUCGGCCGCUGGGUGCGAAUGGAAAACUGCACGGUUCUAGGCGAAGAUGUUAUAGUGAAAGAUGAGUUGUACGUCAACGGAGGACAAGUGUUGCCACACAAGUCCAUAGCCCUCUCCGUACCAGAACCACAAAUCAUCAUGUAAAAGACUGAGUGGGUAAUGUUCAUAGUAGAAGCUAGUUUUUAUUAUUAUUAUAGUACAUUUUUCGGCUGGAUUUUUAGCCAAAUGAACUUAACUAUUUUUAUUCUAAGGGUAUGUGAUAGAACGGUUUGCUUUGUCGCAUACCUAGCCGGUAUUUACGAG